AACAGGACCGCCAGUCCAGCCCUGGUUUGAUACAGACCCCAUGCAAUCUCCCCCUUCAUCACUUACAAGCCAACAGUAUACACGAAAAAAAGGACAAUAGAGGAGACCUCAUGCUUGGCUGUACAUCACAUCUUAGCUUCAAGGGUACACUGUAGCUAUCUCAAAAUCAUGCAAUAUCAUCUCAAACCAAACACCAAAACGAAAUUUGAGAAACCCAGAAACGCAAAAGGCACUGCGAGAAAAUAAAAGAAAAGGGAAAUGGACCCAAACCCCUUUAAUUAAAAACCCACAAGAAAACAAAGACAGGGUGGUAGCCAUGGAAAGCCGUGAGGAACUCCACAAACGAAACGCCACUCCACCGCUGACUGAAUUGCAAAACCAGUCACAGUUUGCGCUUGGAAAUUCACAAUGACCCAACUAUGCUCCAAGCUGUCCUAUUUAAUUUCCUUGUCCAAUUCCCAUAUCCCCCCAAAAUUUUCUGUCGUCAUUUGCUAUACUUGGCAGCUUUGUCCACCUUCUGGUCUUGUUGGCUCUCGGCUGAUGACAGUGAACCGCUCACGAGAAGCUCUCAAAGUUUGAGCUACAAAUAUCAGCGUUAAGGGCCUAAAAAAUCUCAUAGAAAAUUAAAGAACGAAAGAGAGAAGAAAAGAGUGAUUGGUGAGAAAGAAAAGAAAAUGGGUUUGAAGAUGAAAGCCAUGUUCUUCAUCUUCCAGCUUUGCAUGUUAAUGGCUUUGCCGCCUGUAUAUGGUUGCGGUCCCUGCAGACCGCCGCGGCCUCGGCCUCCAUCCCACAGGCCGCAUCCCCCCUCCAAAGGCCCACCUCAUCACGGUGGGGGCUCUCCACCGUCUACGAAGCCGCCACAUCCCCCGGGGACAAAUCCUCCAGGGACACUCCCACCGCCUUCAGGUGGCGGCGGUGGCGGAGGCGGGGGAGGUGUGAUUCCUCCGCCUGUGACAAUCCCACCCCCUUCUGGUGGUGGUGGAGGUGGGGGUGGCGGCGGUGGGGGAGGCGUGAUUCCUCCGCCUGUGAGAAUCCCACCCCCUUCUGGUGGUGGCGGAGGUGGUGGCGGGGGUGGAGGUGGCCACGGCGGCUGUGGAGGCUGCCCACCUGGCGGCGUUGUUCCUCCACCGGCGACGACUUUACCGACUUGUCCGAUCAAUGCGUUGAAAUUAGGGCUCUGUUUGGACGUGCUUGGAGGUUUGGUGCACAUCGGGUUGGGAGACCCGGUGGUGAACGUGUGCUGUCCGGUGCUGAAAGGGUUGCUGGAGCUUGAGGCGGCAGUUUGUCUGUGCACCACCAUAAGGCUUAAGCUUCUGAAUCUGAACAUCUUCGUCCCUCUGGCUCUUCAAGUGAUUGCAACUUGUGGAAUGACUCCUCCUCCUGGUUUUGUGUGUCCUCCCCUUUAAGUGAGUAUGUAUGUCCAGUUUCUAUUAAUUAUUAUAGGGUAUUACUAUAUAUUAAGCCGAGUUAUAUAGGUGGAGUUCAAGGACUUACAAGGUCAAAUGUAUUGGGUCGAGUUUAAUAAGUGAUUAGGGUUUGGUCUUUUGAUUUGAUGUGGUCAGCAUAUAGAUAGAGUUUGGGGAAAUUAAGCUCUGGUGGUAUAAAUUAAUGAAUCUAUGCUAUUUGCUUGCA